AUUUCUCCAUACUUGUAUUGGGCCUGACCCGAUAUUUAUGAUGUAUUUUCAGUAAUAGGUAGUUGGGCCUCACACAAAUGUAUAUAUAGGCAUGGGCCAGAUAUUUUGUAAGAACAAUUCAUUUUUUCUUCUCACUCUGAUAAUAAAAUCGUUUCUUAUUUCUCUCUCUGGAAAGCUCCAUUGUAAUGGAGUCGGUUCAUCAUUUCUGCUUCGAAUCUUAACUGUUCACAUGGUAUCAGAGCAUAGAUCCUUCUAGUUCUAGCUCCUUACUCUCGAUCGAUUCUACCCUUGCCGUUUUCGUUUGGAUUUUACAAGUCUCGGAAUCGAAUCAAGGAUUUUCUAGGGUUCCAACUAGUUCGUGUUUGGAAUCUCUCUGUGCAAAGGUUGUUCUCUUUCUGGUAGUGAAAGAGUCUGGUAUUUUCGUUCUACUCUCCUUCGUUUGGUUAUUCAUCUCGUUUUUUUUGUGUUCGUGAUUAUCUUUCGAUGACUGGAACUGAGACAUCAACGGUUUCUUCGUCUACUGGUAGUGCUUCUUCUUUGCCAUCCAGAACUGAGUUUCACAAAGAUGAUUACACACAUCCUUGUCAUCCUCUUUAUGUCCAUCCUUCUGAUAUCUUAGGAGGUUCUUUGGUAUCUGUCCCCUUCGAUGGAACUUGUUAUGCUAGUUGGAGACGCACUAUCCUUGUCACCCUAUCCGUCCGCAACAAACUCGAGUUUAUCGAUGGAACUUCCUUGCGCCCCUCCUCUGACUCACCAUUAGCUAGGCAAUGGCAGAGGUGCAAUGAUCUUGUCCUUUCAUGGCUUCUUCAUUCUUUAUCUAAAGAGAUUGGGCGUAGUGUUGAGUAUUCUGAACUUGCUAGUGACGUCUGGAGUGAACUUGAGGAACGAUAUGGAAAAGCUGAUGGUGCUAGAAUUUUUGAGUUGAAAAAGGAACUAUCUCAUAUUUCUCAAGGAUCUCUUGACAUUCCAUCAUAUUUCAACAAAAUUAAGCAGCUCUGGGAUGAGAUUGCCUCCAUUUCUGUCAGACGAGCUAGGAUUUGUAAUUGUGGUGCCAAAGGACUUUAUCAGGAAGAUGAAGAUGAGCAGAAGCUCUAUCAGUUCCUCAUGGGGCUGAAUGUCUCUCUGGAAAGCUCCAUUGUAAUGGAGUCGGUUCAUCAUUUCUGCUUCGAAUCUUAACUGUUCACAGAC